GCUAGUACACGUAGAGGUACGCUACACUAUAGAGUAUGGGAAGUUAAAGUCCGUGAUUGCAGAGAAGCGCUUGAAUCCUCUCUCGUCGCGCCAUAUUAUUGUCUUUCUCUCUAUCUCUCUCUCACAUCCCAAACCCUACUCUGCUACGUUUCCGAAUUCCCGACCCAACCUUCCAGAUUCAAAAUAGCUUGAUUUUCCCACAGCUUUUUCUUCCUCGGAAUCUCGAUUAAUGGCGUUUGAUUAUCUGAAUUGAAAUGGAAGACGACAUCCCCAAAUUGGCUGUUGAUUCCGAUGAGCUUGACCAUGUUCCGUUGAUACGACGCCGUAACCUGUUACUGGCUACCAAGCAAAAACCGACGUCUCUCAUUGAUAUUGCUCUUAAACAAGAAGACGCAGUCUCCGAGUCUCGACGUUUGCAGGAUGUGUUUUCUUUUCCUUGUGCUGCUAGAGAAGUGGCAGUUCAAUUAUUGGAACAAGAAGAACAUCGGGAUUUUGCAACUCCCAGAGGAUCUACACCUGAACUUCCGUGCAGUAAAUCUGAAGUAGGUUCUUCAGUUGAUCAAUGUUUACAUAAUGACGCUUUCAGCCGAUGUGUGGAAAUGAAUGCUAUCUGUGACUCCAAUGGGACAAAGUUGAAUACUUUUGCUUCUUCCGAUCAGAUUGACUGUACUAAACCUAGCAUUGGUGUUGCUCAACUAGAGAGAUUUGGUGUUGAUAGUUGCAAUCUACCUGAAAAUCCUACACUAUCAGAAGUUUCUGUUGAAGUUAAGGUUGCUUACCCUGACAACUUGUCAAGCUCAUUUGGAGAUGGAAUGAAUGGCUUUGCUGGUUCUCGUGUACAGACUGUUAAGGUGAAAAAUGAGAUCUCCAUGCACUCUACUUAUGAUCAUCUGGACCACAUUGCCUUGAAAGAGCGGCAAAGGAUGCUACUAUCAAGGAAACUCUUCAGGUUGGAAAAUUCAGUUUCGGAGCAUUGCAACACACAGGAUAUCCCUGAGGCAUUCUCGGAAGAUGUUUUGCAACAACUUGACAGUCAAGAAAAGGGAGGUACUAGUAUUGUUGGUGAAGAAUCUGUAAAGGCUACCUUUCAGCCUUAUGACAAUCCUGGAACAAAUGCUUCAGUUCUUUGUAGAUCUAUGAUCAGUUCACCACAACAGAAUGUUGCUUUCUCAUCAUCUACUAGUACUACUAGUCAAUUUUCAUUUGAUGUAGCUAAAUCUAAAUCAAACGAUUAUAGGAAAAGUUCUGAAAGUGACAAGAUAUGCUCAUCUGAGAGAAUUCCCCCUACUGCCAUGAAUUUAAGUCCAUGUGGGGGACAAGAUGAUGGGCCUACAGGCACAAGUAGAGUGCAUUCCUCAGUCAAAAUAAAGGAUGAACCUUUGGACAACAGUGACUUCCUGAGUCUGGGCAGACGUGUUAGGGGUGACUUCUCUCUUAAUAUACUUCCUGUAAAGCAAGAACUUAGAGCUACCAACAAAAUUGGUGACGAUGAGAUAGACAAUAUGCUGCUGCGAGAUCGGAUGAAUCUAUUGGUGUCACAAGAGAACUCUGAAGUGAGUAUGUCUAAGAACUAUGGAUGCUUGGUUAAAAUUGUGCCUUCUGCCUUUAGCUGUAGCCCUAUUUCCGAAUCUGCUAAGCCUAUAAGCAUUAGUCGUCCAAGGAAAAGGAAAAAGACUGCCACGGAUUCUAUUAAAACAGCUUUGGAGGAGGAUGCUCCAGGACUCUUGCAGGUAUUAAUUGACAAGGGGGUAUUGGUUGAUGAAAUCAAGCUUUAUGGUGAGAUCGAGAGUGAUGAAGCUUUAGAUGAGUCUUUUUGUGAAGAUAGCUUUGCACAGCUUGAAGCAGUGAUAUCAAAGCUUUUCUCGCAGCGCCAGUCGUUUUUUAAGUUUGCUCCAAUACGAUGCACGAAGGAGUCGAGGGCUAGUUAUUGCUUGGCUUGUCUAAUUUCACUUGUAGAGCAGGCCCGAUAUUUGCAGUUUAGAAACUGGCCUGUUGAAUGGGGUUGGUGCCGGGACCUUCAAUCGUUUAUAUUUGUCUUUGCGAGACAUAAUAGAAUUGUGCUUGAACGACCGGAAUAUGGCUAUGCAACAUACUUCUUUGAGCUAGUAGAUUCACUACCAAUUGAAUGGCAGAUCAAGCGCCUGGUGACUGCAAUGAAGCUUACCAGCUGUAGCAGGCUUUCUCUAAUUGAGAAUAAAGCACUAACGGUUGGACAAGACUUGAGUGAAGGUGAGGCCCAGGUUCUAUUGGAAUAUGGUUGGGAACCCAAUACUGGUCUGGGAACCAUGCUAAAGUACUGUGAGAGAGUUGUGCAUGACAGGAAGAAUGAAAGUGAUAGCUCAGAGUGGAGAUCAAAAAUAGGGAAGAUGCUAAUGGACGGUUAUAAUGGCGGAACUCUGGUUACAACUAACAUCCCAAAGAAGGUUAUGGAGUGCAGAGAAGUUCAAUGCCCAGAAAUCAAGUUGGAGUUCUAAUUACAAGUAAUCUUUGCUAGACUUGUAGAGGUAGUUCUUUUUCUUUCUUCCCCAAGUUCCUUACCCAAUAUGGUCAGUUAGGUUUUAUUUCUGUGUUAAGAGUACAUACAGAAGAGAGAUGUAUCAAGUUGAAAACACGAAGGCCAAAGUCAAAUAAAAUGUGAAUUGGAUGUCUUUUGAUGAA